AUGAUCAUCAAUAAUAUUGCUGCUCCGUUUGCGUUUAUGGCUGACUAUUUUGCCCGAAAUUAUCCUUUAUCACCAAACUGCCCGAUGGAUUUACCCUUAAGUUGCAGAAAUGAAACAGUUAUCCCUGAUACAUGUUGCUUUGAGUAUCCAGGAGGGGUAUUCCUUCAGACACAGUUCUGGGAUUACAAAGUAUCUCAUCCAAUUUCAGAUAAGGAUGAACUGGAAAGACGUCUCGGCCCCCUAAACGAUUUUACUAUUCAUGGGUUGUGGCCAGACAAUUGUGAUGGUGGAUACCAACAAUUCUGUGAUAAUUCAGCUGCCAUUGAUGACGUUUAUUAUUUACUGAACUCAAAGCAAUUCAACGAUGAUCACAGCAGUUUAGAAAUAAGCGGUAAAGAUCUUUUGGCGAAAUUGAAGAGACUAUGGAAAAGCAACACAGGUGAUGAUGAGUCAUUAUGGAUCCAUGAGUAUAAUAAGCAUGGAACUUGUAUUAAGACCAUAAAACCUGAAUGUUAUAAACGCUGGAAUCCAAAGAGUGAACAGGAUCUAAAGAAGCAAUCUGUGUACGAUUACUUCAGGAUCGCGUACAAUCUCUACAAAAGUGUAAACACUAGCGCAGUGUUGAAAGAACGUGGAAUUGUUCCAACAACGACAGAUACAUAUACCAGAGAUGAAAUUGAAAGGGCUUUAUCAGAUGGAUUUGACGGAAAGCGCGUCUUUUUUGCAUGCGAUGGAUUUAAUGCAAUUAAUGAAAUAUGGUAUUACCAUAUUCUUAAAGGGUCAUUAUUGGGAGAAGAAUUUGUGAAAUUGGAUUCUCUCUACCAUGGUAGAUCGAGAUGCCCAGAGACUGGAAUUAAGUUUUUGCCCAAAGGAUAUAUGCCGCCAAAUAAUAGAGCACCAAAAUUCCGUGGUAUUAUUAGGAUGGGGGGGAUGCCGGGAGAAUUAAUUCGUAAUGGACAUUGGAUGAUUGGCAAAACAGCAGCUCAGUUUUCUUUAAUAGAAAGUGAGUAUGGUGGGUAUUUAUUGAGGUCAAAUGCAGGUUACUGUGGGUUCCAAGCGGAUCAACAAUUAUCUUGUCAAAAGAGUUUGCAACAAGCUGCGCAGUUUGAGUACGAAGACGGUUAUAUUGGAUAUUCUGGAGCAUUCCAAUGGGGUGCGUAUGAGUACCCACAACACUCUUCGCAGAGUGUUGUUUAUCACGAUCCUGAGAGGACCGCUGACUACAAUUUCAAACUAAAAUUCAUUAAAAAAUAA